AUGAACUUCGCCGCGGACAUCGACUGGUGCCUCUCCUGCAGCCGUCACACCGACGGCACAUCGCCCUACUGCUCGGACGCAUGCUACAUCGCCGAGAACCCGCACCCCCCGGCGUUCCUCAAACCCGCCGCCGCGCCCGACACCGACAUCGACGACUUCGCCCUCGAAGACGACGACGACCGAUCCGGCUCGUUCGCCAUGCCCUCCACCUCGACGCACUGGCCGGGCACCAGCCCCACCGGCAUCGCCGCCUGGGCCGCCCUAGUCCCCGCCGGCGCCCCGCCCUCCUCGCCCCCGCCCCCGUCCACCUCCACCUCCACGCCCUCCUCCACCUCGGCCUCCUCCUCGCGCAAACCCUCGCCCACGCGCUCCCCGCGCUCCCUCCGCCCCUCCGCGCUCAACUCCCCGCCGGCCGGCCGCCCCUCGAUCUGCCUCUCCCGGCCGCAAGCCGCGCCGUGCGAGCCCACCCUCCCCAUCGCCACCCCCGUCGAGCACCUCCACCACCACCUCCACCUCCACCGGCCCACGCGCGACUCGCUCGCCACCCUCGCCACGCUCACCACGCACGCCACGACCGCGACCGAGUCCGCCGUGCCCACCCCCGCGACGUCGCUCAAGGACCUCUCCGUCAUCCCGACCACGACCACGACCACGACGGGGGGACCGGGAGGAACAGGAGGAGGGAAACGCCAGCCGGCGUUCAUCCGCGACCUCGCGCACCGCAUGAAGACGUGGGGCGCCGGCAUCGGCGCCGCCGCCCGCGCCUCGACGCCGCAGAUCGCGGUGCUGGACGGCCUGGAGGCCGCGACGGACCACGAGAAGGCGCGCUACCUCGUCGCGGCGACGGCGACGACGGACGCUACGGACGACGAUCAUGAUGACAAUAACAACGACGACGACAACGACGCUUACGACGUCGUCCGGUUUAGCGUCGUCAACCACCAGUGCACGCUCCCCCGCCGCGCGUCCCGGUGCGCGCUCGACGACCACCCGGCGUUCAAGACCCGCGGGCGCAAACCGCGGCACUGA